AUGCGUAGAGAAUCGGAAUCGUUAUCUACUGAAAAAAGUUUAUUAUUAAUCGAUAGCAUAUUGAAACCAGGAUGGUACACUCUUUUGCUAUCUGUUCUGGCAGAAUUGAUGAUCCUUUCACAGUUGAGCAACGUUAAUUUUAUGUCUUAUGCAGGUCUUGUAGCUAAACCAGUUGCUUGUGGAGAAACUAAAAUAGUUCGGUCACUUAGUGCCAAAGAAGCUUGCGAUUUGCUUACAGAUCUACAAGCAAACACUUCCUUGUGUUUCAAGUUUGGUUAUUAUUGCAAUACUUCGCAGUUGGUGAAGAACAGUAUUUCGUACCAAGCAACAGGCAUAGUUUUCGGUUCUGUUGCAGUUGGACAGCUUAGCGACAUUUUUGGUAGAAAACCGUGCCUUAUAGCAUGUUUGAUCGGAACAGCUAUUGCAAAUUUGCUGUCAUCAUUUGCCAACAGCCUCUCUAUUCUUACGAUUCUAAGAGCAAUUGGUCUAUUUUUUACCGGUGGACAAAUCGCAGUGAUGUUGGUUUAUUUGGUUGAAAUGCUACCAAUGAAGGACCGUAUGUGGAUCAAUGCUAUUGUUAGUUGGUCACCAAAUUAUAUCAUCUUUGCUGCGAUUGCAUAUGCAUCUCACAGUUGGCGACUACUUGCUCAAGUAACCAGCGCAUGCAUUAUACCAGCAAUAGGACUUAGUUUGUUCGUAUAUACUCAUAUUCAAGUUAUAAGAGAGUCUCCACGGUGGUUGAUACAAAAGCAGAAUUAUGAAGAGGCCAAAAAAGCACUGAAAGCGUUACUGUGUUUUGAAAAUUCAAAGGUUGACUGCAACAAUAUGGUAAAUUUGAUCAUUUUUAACGAAAAAAAGAGCACUACUGCUCUACUACAGCUGUUCAAGUGCUCAAAUUACAGGUGGAAAAUUAAUGCUAUAUUUGGCUUUAUGGAUUUCAAAUUUAAAUGGCAGAGGCGAAUAAAUAGGAGAUUUCAGGCAAAUUCCUGGGAUGCAGCACCAUAUAUGUUCAUGUUGGUUACUGCAUUUUGUUCUCUGAUGCUGUUUCAACUGUUUAUUCCAGAAACAAAGAAUCGUCCUUUGCAGGAAAAUAUGCCACUGCCAAAGCGUUACAACAAACCUGUUGCAUUAUAA